UGUGUGUCCUGUGAGGGGCUAUGAGGGAAAAAAAAUGAUGAAAGCUGAAGGACUAGGAACACUUAAAAAGAUUAAGAACCACUGAUGGAGAAGAAAAUAAUAUUGUCCAACCAGACUGAUACAGAGGUUGUUUCUUGGCAUGGCAGAAGUGGGAGGACCAGAGAAACUACCUUCAGAUGAGCAUCCUGUAGCAACUAAUGUGUCUCAGCCUUCAGCAUCACAUGAUGAUUCUACAGUUGAGACAGCAGAAGAGGCAGUGGAGCCACCAGAAGCAGAUAUCAAUGAGCUUUGCAAGGAUAUGUUCAGUAAAAUGUCAUGUUACCUCACUGGUGAACUGAUAGCCACAAGUGAAGAUUACAAACUCUUGGAAAAUAUGAAUAAACUUACAUGUUUGAAGUAUAUGGAGAUGAAAGACAUUGCUGGAAAUAUUAGUCGGAAUCUCAAAGACUUGAACAAAAGGUAUGCAAGUCUUCAGCCCUACCUUGAACAAAUAAAUCAGAUAGAAGAACAAGUGGCAUCUUUAGAGAAUGCAGCGUAUAGGCUGGACGCCUAUUCAAAACGAUUAGAAGCAAAGUUCAAAAAAUUGGAGAAGCGAUGAAGACAAGAUCUCACAAAACCACACUGCAAAAUAUACUAAUGCCAAAGGAAUGAUUUAGCAUUCACAAACAUUGUCAGUCUCUGGAACUUUUAUCUAUGGAUCCAUGAAAUACAAGCUUAUUCACAAGA